AUGAUAAACCAUGCCACAACUUUUACUCGGUUAGCAAGCGAUUUUGCCAGUGGAUAUCCACUUUAUCCAAUUGUGUCUACUGUCACAACUGUUGCACAAGAUCAUACAAAUAAAAGAAGGCUUGUUGAUGUGGUUGGAAGAAUAGUAUGGGGAAAUCGAAUCAGACAGCUGCGAUCAUUUGAGUUAAUUCUCCAAGAUGAGACGGGGAACGUAACAAAGUUAUUGUUGUAUAACGUACCAGCAAACCUUAUGAUUAAGGUUAUUGUUGCAACAUACAACAAAUCCAUACUCUAUGUUUCUUGCAUGAAGCUGGUCCACAACAAUUUGGGUAAUUUAUUGGUUUCUACUGUUUUAACCGACUUUGAUGUUGAACCACAAAUGUAUGAAGCUGAUAGGAUUAGAGCUAGAUAUUGA